CACCGCGGCCAUGGAGAGAAAGUUUUGUAUGCUGUCAGCAGCUGUAAAGGGUUACCUUACCAGAAGAUUGUACAGGACAGAGAAAGUCCAGGCUAUUAUACAGACUAUUAAGGAUACCACAGACCUAGCCAUUAGCAUCCAAACUGAGAGUCCAACUAAGAAGAUGGCGUACCUGAACCAGGACAAGAAUCUCCAGGACAGGGUAAUCGCACAGUUGAGAGCCGGGUUGCUGGAAAUCCAUGACAUAUUCUUUGAGCUGCCAGUCUGGGAUAGGAUGCAGAUUAUAGCACAAGACCGACAGCUAGAGCAGGAGAGACUGGCCAAACAGAAUAAGAAUGACCUGAAGAAGAAAAGACUGAGUGCGGCCACACAGAAAGCCCUGGAGAGAAAGAAGAAAGCACAACUAGCAGAGUCUGCAGUGUUUGGUCAUUCUAUGCGUCCCAAGACGUCCCCAGAGACCAGUAGCCCCAAGGUGGCCAGGACUGACCUCAGUGGUCCUCUCCGCAGACAAUACCAGUCUCUGUUCUCUAAGGCACUUAAACCAACACAUGGAAACCUGUCACCUAUCAAACCAGUGUCUGAUAAAGAAAAUAGGUUGAAAGUUGCUCCAAAGGAAGUUGCUGGAAAAAUUAAUGCAUUUUCUGUAACAGGAGGAGGAGCCCAGAAGUCUGCCAGACGUAAUCUCCAGUCUGCUCUUGGAAGUCCUAAGAGAAAAACAGCUGUCAAAUCUACUACGAAGCCAAAACUGAAUAAUGUGUCUAGAGCAGCAUGGAGAUAGCAGAAAUAGGACACUUGCCAAAUACAUGACAA